AUGGUGGCGCGUGCGUGUCUCUACUCAGAUCGGCAUCCUUCUGCGGCACAGGAUGUGCCGCGUCGUACUGCUCAACCAGACCCAGUACGUCGAUCAUCAGUUGGGAGCGGGGCUCCCAAGAAUCCCAGGACGGGGGAUAGCCGCGCCACCGGACGAGAUAACUCGUCCGACGUCCGUUCACAUCGCGGUGGUUCAACAGCCGCUCAAUCCGAUUGCGCUGGCCACCGCGAGAUUCCUCCAAAGGAGUUGGAGAAGGAAUGA